AUGGCAUUACAUCAGUUUGAUUACAUCUUCGCUAUUGCGAUGAUUUUUGCAUUUUUAGAUGCUUGGAAUAUUGGUGCUAAUGAUGUCGCCAAUUCCUUCUCCACUUCGGUCUCAUCAAGAUCAUUGAAAUACUGGCAAGCUAUGAUUUUAGCAGCAAUGAUGGAAUUCCUUGGUGCAGUGUUGGUUGGUUCAAGAGUUUCAGAUACUAUUAGAAACAAGAUUGUUGAUGUUGAUGUUUUUAGCGCCGAGCCAGCUGUUUUGAUGUUGACUAUGGCUACUGCUUUGAUUGGUUCUUCGACUUGGUUAACCUUGGCUACUUCGAUCGGUAUGCCAGUGUCCACUACUCAUUCCAUUGUGGGAGCUGUUAUUGGGGCUGCAAUUGCUGCCAAAGGUGGACAAAACAUUCAUUGGGGGUGGAGUGGUGUUUCGCAAAUUAUUGCUUCUUGGUUUAUCGCUCCAGCUAUCGCCGGUUGUUUUGCUUCCAUUAUCUUUUUGAUUUCAAAGUUUGGUGUCUUGGAAGUCAAGAAUCCAAGAACAUCUUUAAGAAAUGCCAUGAUGUUGGUACCAUGUUUGGUGUUUGCCGCAUUCUCCAUCUUGACCAUGUUGAUUGUUUGGAAAGGUUCUCCUAAAUUGGGUUUAGGAAACUUGGGAACAAAAACUGUUGUCGGUGCCAUCUUUGGUACUGGUGCUGUUGCCUUUGCCGUUUACAUGUUGUUUGCUUUCCCAUACUACAGAAGAAAAUUGGUUCACGAAGAUUGGACUUUGAAAUGGUAUGAUAUUUUCAGAGGUCCAAUUUACUGGUUCAAAUCUACCGACAACAUUCCACCAAUGCCAGAAGGACACAGUUUGACUGAAGAUUACUACAGAGGAAGAAGAUAUGACGAAGCCGGUAACUUGAUUGACUCCGAUGGAAAAGUUGAAUCCGAUUCUGUUGAUGGUAAAUCUGACUCUCAUGACGAAAUUAGCCAGGAAGAUAUUGAAAAAGUUCAAUCAGUCAAUGUCCAAGAACUCCCAGCUACUAACAAGCCAGCUGAAAAGAAGCACAAGUUACCAAGAGGCUUUCCUAAAUACUGGGCAUUGGCUAAAGAAUCCCCAAAGAACUGGCCCUUGUGUAUUUUCUUGGUUUUGACCCACGGUGUUAGACAAGAUAUUAUCUCUAACCAAGCUGGUUCUAAGGAUAUGUUGGCCGGUGACUUACACAAGAUGCAUACUGCUUCCAAAUACUACGACAACAAGAUUGAAUUUAUGUACUCAUUAUUGCAAGCCAUCACCGCUUGUACAAUGUCUUUUGCUCAUGGUGCUAACGAUAUCGCCAAUGCCACUGGUCCUUUGGCAACUGUUUACUUAGUUUGGUCAACUAACACCACUGCUUCAAAAGCAGAUGUUCCAGUUUGGGUGUUGUGUUACGCAGCUGCUGCUUUGGCCAUUGGUUUAUGGACCUAUGGUUACAGAAUCAUGGCCAAUUUGGGUAACAAAUUGAUCUUACAAUCUCCUGCCAGAGGUUUCUCGAUUGAAUUGGGUGCUGCUGUUACCACUGUUAUGGCUACUCAAUUGGCUAUCCCUGUCUCCACUACACAAUCUGCUGUUGGUGCCACUGUUUUUGUUGGUUUAUGUAACAAGGAAUGGAAGACUGUCAAUUGGAGAAUGGUUGCUUGGUGUUAUCUUGGUUGGAUUUUCACCUUGCCAAUGGCUGGUUUGAUUGCUGGUAUCCUUAAUGGUAUCAUAUUGUAUGCCCCAUCAAAAGGUAUAACUUAUACCAUGAGUUAG